AUGCCAAAGAGAGAAGGCCCAGCUCUGGAACCAGAAACAGGCAUGGGAAUGUUACAGGAAGUCAGCAGUGACUACCGGACCAAUCAUAGCACCAGAAGAGACCUAAGGAAAAUGAACCCAGCUGCUGCUUUCUGUUCGCUCUUGGCUUUCAUUCUUGCUGUAGUUGCCAUCUAUCUGCUUGUAGACAACUUCAGAUCCCAACAGGAAAUGUGUGCAACAGGUCAGUUUAUGAAGGCAAGGAAAUCUGACCGGUUACAUCAACGAGAUUAUGUACCCCCCAGGUCUAAUACAGAUAAGCCGAGAGCACACCUGACAGCUGUUCGACAGAAGUCUAUGAAUCCUGUAAAAGAUUUAUGGCCGGCUCUCCAGUGGGAACACAAACUUGGCUCUGCCUUCAUCAAAAACCAAAUGAACUACACCAACAAGUUCCUGGUGAUCCCAGAGUCGGGAGACUACUUUGUUUAUUCACAAGUCACUUUCCGAGGCAGCACGCCAGAGUGUGGUAAAAUCAACCAAAAGAACCAGUCAACCAAGCCCAAUUACAUAACCCAGGUCAUCACCAGAGUCACUGACAGAUACCCGGAGCCAAUUCAGCUUUUAACAGGGACCAAGUCAAUUUGUGAGAUAGGGAGCACCUGGUUUACUCCAAUUUACCUGGGGGCUGUUUUUUCUAUGCAAGAGGGGGAUAAGCUGAUGGUGAAUGUCAGUGACAUCUCUCUUGUGGAUUAUACCAAAGAAGACAAAACAUUCUUUGGGGCUUUCCUGUUAUAA